AGCUUGAUGGUGGUGAGGAGAGUGAGAGGCGGUGGGGAAGUGCGUCUGAUGGUACCGCAUCCUCCCGUCGUCCCGGACUCCGACCGGCGAGCAGCCAGAUUAUAUCAGCUGGAAGAGAUCACGGAAGCAGCAGUCGGGCUGUAUCCCCCCCCUCCCCGCCAGAAGGCCGGCUCGCUGCGCUCAAUUUAGCGGUAGAAAAGCGGACAAGACGAGAAAAAGAAAAUGAACGCGACGGAGCUCACGUCCCCGCCAUCGGAGUACGACUUCGAACGGCAUUUCGACGAACGAAGAGCCCUGGAAUGGAUGCAGGAGAACUGGAGCAAAGCCUUCAUGUUCUGCGGCCUGUACGCUGCGCUGGUGUUCGGCGGUCAGCACUUCAUGAGGGAAAGGCCCAAGCUGAACCUGAGACGCCCUCUGAUGCUGUGGUCACUCAGCCUCGCCGUCUUCAGUAUCAUCGGAGCUCUGAGGACCGGGUCCUAUAUGCUGCACAUCCUCACGGCCAGCGGCUUCAGACAGUCUGUGUGCGACAACAGUUUCUAUAGCGCCCCCGUCAGCAAGUUCUGGGCCUACGCCUUCGUACUUAGCAAGGCCCCCGAGCUGGGUGACACGGUGUUCAUCAUCCUCCGGAAGCAGCGCCUCAUCUUUCUGCACUGGUACCACCACAUCACCGUGCUGCUCUACUCCUGGUACUCCUACAAGGACCAGGUGGGCGGGGCGGCGGCUGGGUUCCAUGACCAUGAACUACUUUGGUCCCACUCGCUCAUGUACACGUACUACGCGGCGCGAGCGGCCGGCCUGCGGGUGCCCCGCCCCUGCGCCAUGAUCAUCACGGCCACCCAGAUCCUGCAGAUGGCCAUGGGCCUGGCCGUGCUGGGCCUUGUGUACCGCUGGAUGCACGAGACGCACUGCCCGUCCAACAUGGACAACAUCGCGUGGGGCUCCGUCAUGUACCUCAGCUACUUGGUCCUCUUCGCUUUGUUCUUCUACCGGUCCUACCUCGGGGGCUCCUCCGGGGACAAAGGGUCCAAGGCAGAGUAGCUGGCGUUUGUCGAAGCGCGCCACACGUAGAGGAGGACCAGCGGCUAACCGCUGGUGUUCACUCGACUUCUCUUUUAGGCGCCUGUAGCUCGACGCGGUGACGCAGUAAUGGAUUUGGAGCGAGAGGUUCGGACGGAGCGCGGCGCGUUGCAUAUCCAUUUAAAGGCACAGUGUGUAGUAAAUUUAAAACAAGUUUAUAGCCGAAAUAGAAUAAAAUACACACGGAUAUGUUUUCAUUGAUGUAGAAUAAAUUGAAAGUAAGAAUUGUUUGUUAGCUCACAAUGACCUUCAGAGGGUUUGCUACUCUGGAGAACCCCACGUUAUUCUGACCACGAUGACAAUGAUUUACAGUAAAGUCUUUUAAGGAUAUUCUAUAUAAACCACCAGAUGCCACCAAACGUACAUACUGUGCCUUUAAGAAAGGGAAACGAGGAAUAACACGUUGGUUGAUUAAUGCCGUCCUGAAUUCAUUUAUAUUACCGCCUCGGUGACCUUGGCCAGUAAAAACGUCUAAAGGGAAAAAAACAACUGGCGAAUCUGAACUGAACUAUUUGACAACAACAGGCUAGUUAACGUUAGCGCUUGGCAGCCGGUAGCAUCAGACGUUACUGAAGGACACAUGGAGCAACAUUACCAUGUGUUUUAUUGGGAUUAACUCGAGGCUUUAUCUAUAAUAAUUACAGACAAAGUAAAGGAUGUGGGAUUUAUUGCUUGGUUUUCUCAGAGGUAUCAAGACCCUGGAACCUUAUUUUGGCAUCGACCAAUGAAGUUCUGAUACAGUAGUACGGGACAGAGACGAUGGACCCGGAGGUCUUCAGGAAGUCAAACAUUGUCUUUUCAAUAUUUCUGUCUAAGUCCGAAUGAAACACACUAAGUUAAUUAGCGAGCGACAGCUGCUCGUUCCACCUGCUUCCAUGCUUUACGCUAAGCUAAGCUAAGCUAACCACGUCUCAACUUGAACUAUUCUACUCUUAAAAUAAUAGUUACUAGCACAAGUGCGACCUUCAUGAUAGUGAGUUUAUGAUUAACAAAAGGGAACAAAGACACAACACACUGAAUGAAAGAAGGGUUUUGCCUAAUAAUUAGUUUUACGGACAUCACACGCAGCGUUUCAAAUGUGCAGGUGGAAAACGCGCUUUUUUCCGCUUCUUUCCGCUUCUUUCUGCUUCUUUCAUUCAUCCCGAUUGUCGUGGCAGGAAGCCGCCGCACACAAUUGCAGAAAGGGGAACCGCGACUAUCGAUAAAGAUCUGAACACAUUCCUCGCAGAGGCGCGUCGUGUUAGCGCGUUGUGUUAGCGCUCACAGCCGAGGGGCUAUUUGAAGAACAACGUGAGUUUGUGAACCCGGAUUUGUUUUAUGGACCUCACUUCCCACUCGAACCCCACGUGGCCCCUUAUUGUAGGGCUAAUACAUAAAGUACAUCUCCACGUGGUGUCUCUCUGUAGUACCAGUACAUUAAGUACCUCCCAUGUGGCGUCUCUUUGUGGUAGUAGUACAUUAAGUACCUGUGUUUGCUGUGGACUUUAGACCCGUGGUGUGGCUUCACUCAUUAUUCUCCACACUCUUUGUGCAGGACUGAUAUCUAAUGACCAAACGUACCUGUACAACCGUCGCCUGCAGUAAUGUUCCUGUUCUUGUCAACCAUCAGAGUAGUACAGGACUGGUACAAAGUACUUCAUUGUUUAGGUUGAGCGCUUUAGAGGAAUACACAAAAUGAAUUGUCUGACAGUUUACUGACCUGGUGUUUCCCCGAACUCUUCAAGAGUUCAAAGCACAACGGGCCCAGUGAUACAUGAAAGUUGUCUUGAGGGUAAAGUUUUCACUUAUUCUAAAUAAGACUUUAAGAUAAAAGAAGAAACAGGCAAAUACAAAUCAUUUAUUGAAAAUGGAAUUGACACAAAUUUUCCUUUCUCUACUUGUUAGUCUCCUUGUGCCCAAAUCCAGAUUAUUUGAUCCUUACUGAGCUGUAAUUUAAACUGUUCUCUAAAGACAAAAAAGCGUGCGCUGGAGAACCGUAACACAUCUGGGCUGCUGUGAUCAACGAGCCGACGCGUCCGUCUGUAAAUAGCUCUAGAAUCUAUUUAUUUUCUAUAUAUAUCCCUUCACUCGGAUUUACCUCCCUGUCUGAUGUCUGUAGACGUUUUCCCACAUCCGCUGAAGACGAGCAUCACUUUUCGUGGCCGCGCCGUCUCUCCCAGAGGCGUAAAGGAUCAGUCGCUCCCUGUUUGGAAGCAGCGUGUUUAACCAGCAGCCCGUGUACCGCGUGAAGGCGAUCGUUCUGCCGUCAAGUUGAGCUUCUUUACCGGCGGAGGAGCGGACGUUUACGCGCUUUUUAUUCCCGCUGGGACCUCAGCGCAUGACCUCGGCUCUGCGGGAUUGGUCCUGCACAAAUGAAACAUCUGCACAGAUUGAAACGGGCAGACGUUUUUUUCAUUAAGGUUCCCUGACAUCACAGAAACACACCUUUUGUGUGUGUGUGUGUGUGUGUCUAAGGGCUGACACCACAGAUGUGGCUGUCAAUCAUCUCCCCAGCGACAUGAUGGUCUUCAGUGCUUCUUUUUCCUCUUAACACCUGAAGCUGUUGGAUCCGGUGGAAACGGGGCCGAGGGAAGUGAGGUUUUUUGUAACGUCGGCGAUGAUUCCUGCUCAGAACUUUUUAACUUGAAAUGAUGUUGUGCUUCAUGUGCGUGUGCCAAACCAUGCUGCUGUUAUUUGGAUGUGGUGAGUCGGUUUGCGUAAACUGCUCUCAGAUUAGGCUGCAAACGAAGGAAAAAAUAACAGUUCAAGGGCUUUGAUUGUUGAAAUGUUGUUUCAAUAAAUACGUCACAAUAAUGGUUUUA